CCAAGAAGUUUGCAGUGCGUGAGGGAGUGAGAGAAUGGCGGGUGGCAAAGCCGCUCUCCUGGUGGCCCUGCUGUUCCUGAGCCUGGCCUUGGAGACCCAGCAGGCGGACAGCGGCGGGUACGACCCCGCCCCGACGCCGCUCACCACGUCCCACAGGAACAGGAAGCCUCCCAGGCCGCGUCCGCAUCCGCCGCGCCCUCGCCCUCGCCCUCGCCCCCGCCCACCUACACCUCCCACGCCAAUGCCGCCCCCGUACACUCCGUCCCCUCCUGAGCCUGAACCCACGCCGCCACCGUCCCCUCCUGAGCCUGAGCCCACGCCAACGCCGCCGCCGUACACUCCGUCCCCUCCGUCCCCUCCUGAGCCCACGCCACCCCCAUACGCCCCUGUCCCGAUGCCAUCUCCCUUCCUCGACCACGGCGCGGAAGCCGACUCCGCUGGCGUACAGGCCGCCGCCGACGCCGCCGACUACGAGGAGCCGCCAUCGACGCCGGCCUACAAGCCCAAUGUCUAGGGCUGUGACUGUGGGUCCCUGCCAACGCAUGCAGGGCCAUUCUCUCGGAGAUUAAAUAAUAUCAAUAUGUAGUCUGAAUAAUAAUGCAGAUUGCUUGGUUACCCGCUGCUGAUUUGUGUUCGUCCAGAGUUAGCGUGCUAUUAUGUGGAUGUGGGUAUUGCUACUGUUGUGGUCUUACUGUAAAACCAUUGUCUACUGAAUCUAUCGUGUGUCCUCCGCUGUUCAACUUCAACACGAGCAUGAGUUCUUUCGCU